AUGUCUCAGGAUUCCAAAAAACCAGCGCUGGAGUCGCGUAUUGGCAGAGACCAACCGUUCGACUUUGGUCAACGGUACCUCAAGAACGAGGAUGAGGUGUUCAACUUCAACGCAUGGGAUAACGUCGACUGGGACGACGAACAACUGAAGGACUUUGAAGAGAAGAUCAAGCAGCAGCACAACGACCCGGUCGCAGACUACUACAAGAAACAGUACAACGAGAAACCCGCCAAGUACUGGGACAUCUUCUAUAAGAACAACCGCGAGAACUUUUUCAAGGACAGAAAGUGGCUGCAGAUCGAGUUUCCUUCGCUGUACGAGGCAACCAAGGCAGACUCUCCUGCAUGCAAUAUCAUCGAGAUCGGGUGCGGUGCGGGCAACACGAUGUUCCCGAUUUUGGAACAGAACCAGAACGCCAACCUGAAGCUGUUCGGGUGCGAUUACUCCAAAGUGGCUGUUGAUCUGGUGCGAUCGAACGAGAUGUAUGCGAAAAACAACGGUGUGGUGCAUGCCUCAGUCUGGGACCUGGCCAAUAGUGAACACGAGCUUCCAGAGGGAGUGGAACCCCACUCGAUCAACAUCGCGGUGAUGAUUUUCGUGUUCUCAGCUCUCGAGCCUGGUCAAUGGGAGCAUGCAAUCACUAAUUUGACCAAGAUGAUGGCCCCUGGUGGAAAAAUCCUGUUCAGAGACUAUGGAAGAUACGACCUUGCGCAGAUCCGGUUCAAGAAAAACCGGUUGUUGGACGAGAACUUCUAUGUGCGCGGAGACGGCACGCGUGUGUACUUUUUCACCGAGGAGGAGCUCAGACAGAUCUUUUGUGGGCCGUUCAAAGAAACCCGUAUUGCGUACGAUAAGCGGCUGCUUGUGAAUAGAAAGAAACAGCUGAAGAUGUACCGGUGUUGGAUGCAGGCGAUUUUCGAGGUUCCGGAGUGA